UAUCAAGUUCUUAUUAAAUUCAGUCUGUUCUGAUGUGAAGGACAAACACAGGAAAUAAUAAGAUACGAUGAUGAAUUAUGAAUUCAGAUUCAGAUGUGACCUGCAGACUGAGGCUCCAACAGAUCCUGGAUUAUCUGAGUCCAGUAGAGUCCUGCAGAGUCCAGUACUUAAACAUUUACUUCAGCCUCUGUGUUUGUUUGUUUGUUUGUUGUUCAGUCUGUUUAUGACACAACAUGUUUAUGUUUGUCUGUACAGGUCAUUACAGUUCAUCCCCCUGGAAAGUUUCAGGAAAGUUUCUGCUCCUUUUUGUAUUGUGACGAGCUAAACGACCUUUAACUUCUGAUGUAAAGUCUCUGAGCCAACAUGGAGUCCUGGCUCAGGUAUUGAUUCAUCAGUUUACAGUCAGACAUAUUGAUCAGGUUCAGACUGUUCUUGUACUCAGACCUCCAGGCUGAUCCAGGUUCAGUGUUUAAUAACUGAUAUGAGAACAGUAAUCUGCUGUGGAUGUGAAUAGAAACACUGAUCUGAGGGCAGCUGCAGUAAAAUGUAAAUGUGGAUGUAAAUCUUGGGCUUGAACAGAGAGCAGUUUGUCUUUGAUGAACAGAUGAAAAAACAUCGACCUGCCUCGGAAACAAAAAUGCAGUCAGACCUGUCGCUUGGUCACAUGACCUGCACUGACUGGUCUCUGCUCUGCUAUUGGCUGAUGACGUGAACGGACCUGAACACACCUGGGAGAUGUUAGACAGGUGAGUUUCAGUCAGACUCUGAGCUCAGGUCAGUCAGACUGUUUUCUGAAGAAGAAGAAAGAUGGGCCAGGCUCGCUCCUCCACCUGUCCUCAGGUGAUCCUCAUGGGUCUGGACUCUGCAGGGAAGUCGACUCUGCUGGCUCGGCUGCUGACAGGACAGGUGAUGGAGACAUCACCGACCGUCGGGUUCAACGUGGGAACUCUGGACCUGGACAAGAAGACGUCUCUGACGGUGUGGGACGUUGGGGGACAGAAGAGCAUGAGACCCAACUGGAGGUACUACAUGGACGACUGUAAGGCUCUGGUCUUUGUGGUGGACAGCAGUGACCCGGGUCGACUGCCCGAGGCCCAGAAGGCCCUGAAGAAGGUCCUGAGUGACGAGAAGCUCAGAGGAGUUCCUGUCAUGGUUUUGGCCAACAAGAAGGAUCUGCCCAACUCCAUGACUAUCAGAGAGAUCUCCACCCAGCUGGAUCUCCCCAGUUACACCGACCGGGCGUGGGAGAUUCAGGCCUGCAGCGCUCUGAAGGGACUCGGACUCCAACAAGCCUUCAUGUCGGUCAACAAACUGAUCAAGAAGAGCUGAGAGGAGGAAGAGGAGGAGCAGGAGGGAGAGGAGGAAGAGGAAAAGCAGGAGGAGCAGGAGGAGGGAGAGGAGGAAGAGGAGAGCAGGAGGAGGAGGGAGAUGAAGAACAGGAGACAAUCUGAAGCAGUGGGCUGUUUAAACAUUUUCAACGAUUAUUAUUUAUUCUGAAUGAAACAAAACAAAAUGUCAGAUUUGAAUGGAAAACAUUAAGCAACAUGUUUUAGUUCCAAUAAAAAGAUUAUUGAUCAUGCAGCUCGAUCAAUAAUCAUCUUUAAAGGAU